ACACGGAGUAUAAAUAUAUGUACUCUCUUCCCCUUUAUCAUAUCCCCACCCCUUGCACUCUUAAGUCUUAUCCAUGGAUCCCUCCAAGCACAGACCUUCGAGUAGCUUCAACACCCCAUUUUGCACAACUAAUUCUGGCGCUCCUGUUUGGAACAACACCUGCGCCCUAACCGUCGGAACCAGAGGGCCAAUCCUGCUAGAAGAUUAUCACUUGGUGGAGAAGAUAGCCAAUUUCACUCGGGAGAGAAUCCCUGAACGAGUUGUCCACGCGAGGGGGGCAAGCGCCAAGGGCUUCUUCGAGGUCACGCACGACGUCACCCACCUCACCUGCGCCGAUUUCCUCCGCGCGCCCGGCGUCCAGACCCCGCUCAUCGCCCGCUUCUCCACCGUCAUCCACGAGCGCGGCAGCCCCGAGACCAUCCGCGACCCUCGCGGCUUCGCCAUCAAGUUCUACACCCGCGAGGGGAACUUCGAUCUGGUUGGGAACAACUUCCCCGUGUUCUUCAUCCGGGACGGCGCCCAGUUCCCCGAAGUGAUCCAUGCGUUCAAGCCUAACCCUAAAUCGCAUAUCCAGGAGAAUUGGAGGAUCCUCGAUUACUUGUCUCACCUCCCGGAGAGCCUCAAUACCUUCGCCUGGUUCUACGAUGACGUCGGGAUUCCGACCGAUUACCGGCACAUGGAGGGAUUCGGCGUCCAUACUUUCACUCUGAUCAACAAAUCCGGCAAGGUCAAUUACGUCAAGUUCCAUUGGAAGCCGACCUGCGGCGUCAAGUGUCUCCUCGAGGAUGAGGCCGCGCGGAUCGGCGGCGCCAAUCACAGCCACGCCACUCAGGAUCUGUACGAAUCGAUCGCCGCCGGGAAUUAUCCCGAGUGGAAGCUUUUCAUUCAGGUGAUGGAUCCGGAUCACGAGGACCGGUUCGAUUUCGAUCCCCUGGAUACCACUAAGAUCUGGCCGGAGGACCAGAUCCCCCUGCAGCCGGUGGGCCGGAUGGUGCUGAACAAGAACAUCGACAAUUUCUUCGCCGAAAACGAGAUGUUGGCCAUGGAUCCAGCUCACAUCGUUCCUGGAAUUUACUUCUCCGACGAUAAGAUGCUCCAGGCUCGGAUCUUUGCUUAUGCCGACACUCACCGCCACAGGCUUGGCCCUAACUAUAUGCUCCUCCCUGUCAAUGCUCCCAAGUGCGCUUAUCACAACAAUAGCUACGAUGGGUACAUGAACUUCACGCACAGGGAUGAGGAGAUUGAUUACUUCCCUUCGAGGUUUGAUUCUACCCGGAAUGCUGAGAAGUUCCCAACUCCUACUCGGAUUGUUGCCGGUCGGCGUGAUAAGUGUGUUAUUGAGAAGGAGAAUAACUUCAAGCAACCUGGAGACAGAUACAGAUCUUGGGACCCAGACAGGCAAGACCGAUUUAUCAACCGAUGGGUCAAGUCCUUGUCCGAACCGCGAGUCACCCAUGAACUUCGCAGCAUUUGGAUUUCAUACCUCACUCAGGCCGAUAGAUCUCUUGGUCAGAAGGUCGCUUCCCGUCUGAACACAAGACCAACAUUGUGAGAGUGGAGAAGCAGCACACUAUGUGAAACAAUAAUGUCGACUGCUUUGAGUAUGCUUUUCAUACUAUGAAACGGCGUCGCUUGUUUCUGUAAAUCUGAAUGUUUCUGUGUUUAACCAUGUUGUCUUUUGUCUUCUUUUUUUUUAAAGCAUGUUGUCUUUUGUUUUUCCAUACUAAAUGUUAUGGUUUCAUGUCCUGUGUGUGACUGGAACAAAAAUGAACAACGUUCCUCUCCAAAUAAAGUUGUCUUUUUUCUUCUUCUGUGAAAUAAGUUAGUACGGAGUAG